GGCGUCGCAAAAGGGAGAAUUGUUUGAGAGCUCAGUCAUCCAAAAACGGCCUUUCAAUGUGAGAACUUGGGGAGCCGAAGAAAAUGUCGGUGGCAUCGCAGUAAAUUACUAAAGCAGCGAGGCUUUAGAGGGAAAAGAGAAGUAAAAACAGUUAUUUCUGGGGACUAAAACUCGGUGCAAGAAGAGAAGGCGAAGAGAAGAUCGGCGGGUUUAAAACGGGGUGUGAGCACCAAAUACAGCAGUUUGGGGGGUAGUGUAUGGAAAAUGUCUGGAAAGCGAGACUGGACUCCGUGGAUGAAAAAGAGAAGAGCUCCAGUGUUGUGUGCUCUGGGUGCAGUACUACUAUGCUGCCUGCAGAGCGGCGCCUCCGUCACCGACGAGGUGCCAAUGUUCACUGAGGAGCCCAUGUCUGUGGUGCAGAAGCUGGGAGGCAGUGUGAAUCUGCGCUGCAGUGCCCGACCCUCCUCCGCCAACAUCAGCUGGCGUCUCAACGGCCAGGAGUUCUUGGAUGGAGAUUUGGGUGUAGUGCUGGGGCCCAACAGCCUGUACAUCCCCGCGCUCUCCAACCUGACUCUGGGCAGAUACCAGUGUGUGGCCAGCACCGGCGCAGGAGCCCUGGCUAGUGUGCCUGCGAACGUCACUGCUGCCAAGCUGCGGGACUUUGAGCCAGAUGACCAGCAGGAGAUCGAGGUCGAUGAAGGCAACACGGCUGUUAUUGAAUGUCACCUCCCCGAAAGCCAGCCCAAGGCUCAGGUCCGCUACAGUGUCAAACAGGAGUGGCUGGAAACAUCCAAAGGGAACUACCUCAUCAUGCCUUCAGGGAACCUGCAGAUAGCCAACGCCACGCAGGACGAUGAGGGACCGUACAAGUGUGCUGCUUACAACCCCGUCACUCAGGAGGUUAAAACAUCCAUCUCCGCUGACCGCCUGCGCAUACGCCGCUCCACCUCAGAAGCAGCUCGGAUCAUUUACCCGCCGGCGUCUCGCUCCAUCAUGGUGACCAAAGGCCAGCGGCUGGUGUUGGAGUGUGUGGCCAGUGGCAUCCCCACUCCGCAGGUUAUAUGGGCAAAAGAUGGGCAGGACCUGCGUUCCCACAACAACACGCGCUUCCUGCUUAGCAACCUGCUGAUCGACGCAGUGGGCGAGGCAGACUCUGGCACUUACAUUUGCCGAGCGGACAAUGGCAUCGGUUCAGCCAGCUCUGCGACGGUGCUUUAUGAUGUACAAGUGUUUGAGCCUCCUCAGGUGACGGUGGAGCUGCAGCAGCAGGAGGUCGUGUACGGAGAGACUGUGCGCUUCACCUGCCAGGCCCGCGGUAAACCCACUCCCUCCGUGAUGUGGCUUCACAACGCCCGUCCCCUUUCCCCGUCUCCUCGCCACCGCCUUACCUCCCGGGUGCUGCGUGUCUCCAAUGUGGGCCCUCAGGACGAUGGACUGUACCAAUGCAUGGCUGAGAACGGGGUGGGCAGCUCGCAGGCCUCCGCUCGCCUCAUCACAGUAUCAACUGGGAUUACAUCCAGGGGGAAGCUGCCCUCCAUCUAUCGGCCACUCAGCCCAGAUAAGGUGCUGAGAGAGCAGCCGCCUGUGAGGCCUGGUGCCACGGGUGCCAUGUUGCCUCUUGACUGCUCUGAGCUACCAGGACAGAUCCUGCCUGCAGAUGCCCCCAUCAUCCUCAGCCAGCCACGCACUGGCAAAGCUGACUACUAUGAACUGACCUGGAGGCCUCGGAAUGAGCGAGGAGUCCCUGUGCUGGAGUAUAUGGUCAAAUACAGAAAGGUGGGUGACCCUCUAGCAGAGUGGACCUCCAGCAGUAUCUCAGGCUCUCUCCACAAGCUGCCUCUGGUCAAGCUGCAGCCAGACAGCCUGUAUGAGGUGGAGAUGGCUGCCAAAAACUGUGCAGGUCUGGGACAACCUGCUAUGAUGACCUUCAGAACUGGAAAAGUUCGUAAAGGGCAAAUUGACCCACCGAAAACCCCUGCUGUUCCUUCGCCAAGCCUCUCUCCUCCUGAAGCCCCUGACAAGCCCACAGUCUCCACGGCAACGGAAACGUCGGCAUACGUGACUUGGAUUCCUCGCGGUAACCGCGGCUUCCCCAUCCAGUCAUUUCGGGUGGAGUACAAGAAGGUGAAGAAGGCAGGCGAGGACUGGGUGACGGCGGUGGAAAACAUCCCACCAUCGCGGCUCUCUGUGGAGAUCACGGGCCUCGAGAAAGGUACAUCCUAUAAGUUUCGUGUUGUGGCGGUGAAUGUAAUCGGUUCCAGUCCUCCCAGUGCCCCUUCGAAGGCAUACACUGUGGUGGGUGGGAGAACCCAUGAGCGGCCUGUUGAUGGACCUUACAUCACCUACAAUGAAGCCAUCAAUGAGACCACAAUCAUUCUCAAAUGGACGUACACUCCUGUAAACAACACGCCAAUCUACGGUUUCUACAUCUACUACCGGCCGACCGACAGCGAUAAUGACAGUGACUAUAAGAAGGAUGUGGUGGAGGGAGACAGAUACUGGCAUCAAAUCAGUGACCUCCAGCCUGAGACUGCCUACGACAUCAAGAUGCAGAGCUUCAACGAGAAGGGAGAGAGUGAAUUUGGCAACGUGGUGAUCCUCGAAACGAAAGCUCGUCCUAAUAACCCGCGGCUUGAUCCAUCAGAGACCCCAGACCAUGUUUUUGGACAGUCCAACGGACUUGUGCCGCGGCCCGGUGACCUCCCCUACCUCAUAGUCGGUAUUGUUCUCGGAGCCUUCGUCUUCAUCAUUGUGGCCUUCAUCCCUUUCUGCCUUUGGAGGGCUUGGGCCAAACAGAAGCAAACAUCGGAUUUGUGUUUUCCUGCUGUGGCUGCCCCUGUGUCGUCGUGCCAGUACACCAUGGUUCCCCUGCAGGGACUUGCCCUGGUUGGCCACUGCCCGCUGGAUGGCCACAUAACGGCUCCCCAUGGCGUCUACCCAGCCAACGGAGAAUACACUCCAAAUGGCAAACCUCACCACGCCACACACUGCCUGCCGGGGCUGCAGCAGGAGGAGGUGGACUGUGAUAUGGAGUGUGACACGUUGUUGCCACAGACGGUGUCAAAUGGACAUCUUUACCACUACUCCACCAGUGGUUCAGAUCUUCAUGAACAGAGCUGCUGUCCUCCUGAUGACUCCACUCUUCAGCUCCUCAACUCAUCCCAUCAGCGCUUCAGUUCACAGGAACUGGGAGGCGAUGGCAACUUCUCUGGAGGAGAUAAAGCAGAGGAUGGCAUCACUAACAAGUCGGCGUCCUUUCCUCUUCUCUCUCUAGAAGACGAAGGGAUUUUCACCACAUCAUCUUCAGCAGCCACAACGCCACAAUCCCAAGAUACAACAAUACAGGAAGUGAACAUCCUCCCAAAUGAAGCAGCCCCUGAGGACGAAGGGACAGGCAACACAACAGAUGCAUAAAAGACUGUUAAACAAACAGAAGAAAACAAAAGAGAAUAUUUAUUUUUGUAUCACAGAUAUUUAUAUAUUUAUGCUUUUGUACAUAAGUGUCUGAUUAUACUGUAUAUAAGGUUAUUUUCAUAUUGAAAAAAAGACUCUUUAUUCAUACGUCCUCCCUCUCAAUACGUCAUGGAGAACGGGAGUACCAUCGUGUGAUGCUGUCUGCAUUUCCUGUGGAGGAAAGCGAGUUUGAGACGUUAUUCCUCAUGUGAAGAAGAUCAGUCAGGGGACCUUAAAUCUGCAGGGGAUUCCCCUCAGUUUUCAGCACUUCAUGUCUAGACCCUCCUCACGUCAUUCCUCACAAGAUAUCCUCCAUCCUAAAUGUUUGGACUUUAGGUACUUUAGCUUUAUGUUCAACAGAAACAAAGGGACAUUCAAACCAGUCUGAUGCUGUAAUUAAGAGGUGCUUCAUUGCUGUUUAGUUUUUGUUGCCAUGUCACAUUUUCAAAAAUACAACUGUCUGUCAUUUUGUAUAGCAGUAACACAAAUGUAUUAUGCAUUGUUCAUCAUUAACAAACUAUUAACAAGUGUAUGCAACGUAAAUCAUUCUGUUUCAGUAGUGUGCAAGAGAUUAUAUAUUGUAUAGUUAUUUAUUUUUUUGAUUUUAUGUUAUUUUUUUAAAUCACUGAAUGGGAGAGAUUCUGGAAACUAUCUUAAACUCAGUCAUUGAUAAGCUGAACUUUAUACUGCAACCACUUCUGUGUUUACUCAUUUGCUGGUUACCAAAUGACUGCCAGGUGAGGGCGCUGUGACAGGUGUGUCAGUAUUAUUACUCCCUCACAGGUUGGUGCAUAAGUAUUAGUCUUAGAGACAUCCGCAAUCAAAAUGAAGGAGAACCUGAAUCUACACUCCCCUUAUAAGUGAAGCCGUUCUGUGGCUGCACAUGCUGGAGCACUAUUGCAUGUAAAUAAAAGCUUACAAAAUUUGA